AUGCCCGAAAAGGUCCGUACCGUGUUCGCGGACUCGGACGAUGAGAAGAUUGUGAAGCCCAAGCUCUCACUCCAUUCCACAGAAGAACCCGAGCGCAAGAAGAAGAGAAACAAGAAGCGCAAGCUCGAUGAGCCCGAAGCCUCCAAACCCGCCGAUCACGAUGAACCGAGGGAGAUCCCUGCACCUGCCAAGCAGGUAGAAACAGCAGUUUCUGUGCCAAAAAAGCGACCAGAGACAGUAUCUCAAACAAAUGGCGCACUAGCAUCAAAAUCAUACCCGAAAUCGAAGAGACCGUUCACCGAUACCAAAACCAACUUCACACCCUUACGAGAAAAGGCCAAAGCCCUUCUUGAGACGCGGCGAAAGCUCCCCGUAUUCGAAAAUGCCGAUCUGAUCCGCGAUCUGCUACGCGAACAAGAUGUGAUGCUUUUAGUCGGUGAAACGGGUAGCGGAAAGAGUACGCAGAUCCCGCAGUUCCUGGUGGACGAGUUCUGGUGUCGGCCCGUACCUACGCAAAUCACACGGGACGGAAAGACGGAAAAGAAAAUGGUCGGAGGAUGCAUCGCUAUCACGCAGCCGCGUCGAGUCGCUGCCAUUUCGCUGGCCCGCCGUGUAGCUGAGGAGAUGGGUACACCGCUUGGAUCGCAUUCGCCUGCUAGCAAGGUCGGCUACGCGGUGCGAUUCGAUACGUCUACAUCCCCCAGUACGCGGGUGAAGUUCUUGACUGAGGGAAUGCUGCUCCAGGAGAUGUUGCAUGAUCCGAACUUGACUAAGUACAGCGCUAUUGUCGUCGAUGAGGUCCACGAACGUGGCAUCAAUGUGGAUCUCACACUUGGAUUCCUACGUAAUCUUGUAUCCGGAAAGAAGGAGGGCCGGGGUGGUGUGUCGCUCAAGGUCGUUGUUAUGAGUGCUACGGCUGAUAUGGAGAGUCUAACGGACUUCUUCCAACAAGGAUUCAAACAUCCGGAGCCAGAGCAGAAGGCUAUCGAAGGAGCUGAGGCUGAGGCCGAUAAAAUGGAUACUUCGAGUCCAAAGGAUAUCUCUGUCUGCCGCAUUAAGGGUCGACAAUUCGCGGUCAAAACUAUUUACUCGCCCGCGCCAGUACAUGACUUCGUGGAUGCAGCGCUCAAAAUUAUCUUCCAGAUUCACCAGAAGGAGCCAAUGCCGGGUGAUAUCCUUGUCUUCCUGACUGGUCAGGAAACCGUCGAGGCCUUGGAACACCUGGUGAAUGAAUAUGCCAUGAGCAUGGACCCAUCACUUCCUAAAAUUUUGGUUCUACCUCUGUUCGCCGCGCUGCCACAGGCUGCCCAGCAACGCGUCUUCGCCCCUGCUCCACCACGAACGCGCAAAGUUGUUCUAUCCACUAAUAUUGCCGAGACUUCCGUCACUGUGUCUGGUGUGCGGCACGUGAUUGACUGCGGCAAGGCAAAAGUCAAGCAGUUCCGCACUCGCCUUGGUCUUGACUCACUCCUGGUGAAGCCUAUCUCCAAGUCCGCCGCGAUCCAGCGAAAGGGUCGAGCUGGUCGUGAGGCCCCUGGCCAAUGUUUCCGACUAUACACAGAGAAGGACUAUCUAGCCUUGGACGAGACAAACACGCCCGAGAUUCUGCGCUGUGAUCUGAGCCAAGCCCUGUUGAACAUGAAGGCGCGUGGCGUUGAUGACAUUGUUGGAUUCCCAUUCCUGACCCGUCCACCACGCGAAGCACUUGAGAAAGCUCUUCUGCAGCUAUUGAGCAUUAAUGCCCUUGAGGAUGAUGGAAAAAUCAGCGCCGUCGGCCUACACAUUGCCAAGCUGCCCUUGACUCCAACUCUGGGUCGCGUCCUGUUGGCAGCUGCCGAGAACGGAUCUGAAUGUUUGCUAGACGUCAUUGAUAUUAUCUCAUGCCUGAGUGUGGAGAACAUUUUCUUGAACACCACCUCCGAAGAGAAGAAGGAAGCAGCAGAGGCAGCCCGUCGCGAUUUAUACCGGCGCGAGGGUGACCACCUCACAAUGCUGAUGACUGUACGUGUCUAUGCCGCUGAACACGCCGACCGCAAAGCAUGGGCAGAACGGCACCUGGUAUCCCACCGGGCGAUGCAAUCAGUCAUGGACGUCCGCAAACAACUCCGUACCCAAUGCCGACAAGCCAAGCUGCUCACCAGCGAAGCCUUGAACAAUACCUCAUUACACGACCCCUCGCCCAUCCUCAUCCUCCAGAGUUUCCUAGCCGGAUUCGCGACCAAUACGGCUCGCCUCGUGCCCGAUGGCAGCUAUCGUACGAUCGUUGGAAACCAAACGGUCGCCAUCCACCCGUCGAGUGUGCUUUACGGCAAGAAGCUCGAGGCGAUCAUGUACAACGAAUUCGUAUUCACCAACCGAACUUACGCGCGUGGCGUUAGUGCUGUGCAGAUGGAUUGGGUGGGUGAGGCUUUGGCUGGGAAGGAUUGA